AUGAAUAUAAAGAACAAAGGCAAAGUGCACCCAUCUCCUUCUUCUUCCUCCUCCUCCUCAUCCAACUCUGAUGGGUUUGUUCUCUCUGUGCUUCAGCUCCUCCCAGCUGCCAUUUUAGCUCUGGCUUCGGUCCUCUCCCUCGAGGACCGCGAGGUCUUGGCUUACUUGAUAACCCGGUCCAUGAAAACCACCCCCAAUAUUUCUUCGAUCCCGGCCCAAGACCCCAAGAAGAAAUCUUCCAAGAAAGGCCCCAAGUCCACUAGCACCAGCACCCACCAGCCCCAAAUAUUCGAUUGCGAUUGCUUCGACUGCUAUAGAAGCUAUUGGCUCAAACGGUUUGGAUCAGGUGAGAACGCUUAUGUGCGAACGUUACGUGAGAACAUCAUUGGAUCUAAGCUAACGGCUGCAUCAAAAGCAAUUGUAAGU